AUGACUCUCAACAACCCGGCUGCCCGUCGCGGCGGCGGCUCUUCGUCGUCGUUGCGCCGCCUUAUACCUCGAGCAGUGUCCUCCUCCUCCAUCACAGCAACGGCAGCUACAGCAAUUCUGGCCGCCUCAUUCAUCCCGAUGGCGUCCGGUCACGACCACCACGAAGAUAAGAUCCCCGAGGGAGCGACCAUCUCGGUCGACCCUCUUGAUACGACACUAUGGCUUCAUAUUUUCUUGCAGACGUUUGUCUUUGGCAUUCUGUUCCCUACAGGCAUGGUAUUGGGGAUAAUCAAGAGCCGCUGGCACGUCCCUCUCCAAGUCCUCGCGACCGCCCUCGCCUUCCUCGGAUACGCACUCGGCCACUUGCACAAGGGCAGACAGUUCAUCUCCAACAAUGUCCACGCUAGCUUCUCCAACAUUCUCUUCCUCAUGAUGAUCGUCCAAGUCGCCCUCGGCGUCUACCUUAAGUUACACCUCGAGAAGGGCUUCCAGGGCCGCAUCCGCCCCUUCUUCCGCAUCCUCCACAGCAUCAACGGCAAGGCUUUCCCCAUCGCCUCGUGGGUACAAAUGCUCUUCGGCGGAAUCACCGCUCUUGGCUUCUGCCAGGGCGACCAUCUCGGCCAGUGCCUGGCCCAUUUCAUCAUGGGCAGCGCCUUCAUCGCCUACGGCGUUCUCUUGACCAUCGUCCUCCUGGUCGGCCAGAUCUGGUUGCGCCGCACCGGCCGUAGCCAGGAAUUCUUCGACAGCGCCGUCAUCGCCGCCUGGGGCUGCGUCAACACCUUCACCGAGCACCGCUGGGGCACCGCCUGGGUCCGCAACGAUUGGCAGCACACCACCAUGGGCGUUAUCUGGUGGGCUGCUGGUCUCGCUGGUGUCUGGCUCAGCAGGAACCGGGACGGCACUCCCAAGCGCAACUUCAUCCCUGGGUUUGUUUUGUUGAUUACCGGCUGGGCGAUGUCUGCUCAUCCCCAGGAGCUCAUGAUCAGCGCCAUGACGCACAAGAUGUUCGGUUACACGCUUAUGGGCGCGGGGCUUACGCGUAUCAUUGAGAUUUCGUUCAUUCUCAAGGAUAAACCGGCUGUUUCGGACCAGGGAUAUGAGACGCACAGUUUCCAAUAUGUUCCUGUUUUCCUCCUCUACGCCUCCGGCUUCCUCUUCAUGUCCGCCACCGAAGAGCAAAUGGCUCUCAUCGCCGGCUCCGGCAUCGACCACGUCGCUUACGUGCUGAUCAUCUACUCCCUGGCUUUCAUCCUCUUCCUCUUCGUCAACAUCCUCAUUCACUUCUACGACCGCGGCGCCAACGCCGACAGCCUUAACAAGAACCUUAAUACCGCGCAGCACGGCAACGGCGCUAUUCGUCUGAACGGACGCGCUCCCACGAAUCCCGAGACCCAGCUUAGAGAUGCGGGCGAGUUCGAGCUGGAGGGUCUGAUGAGCGAUGAUGAGGAUGAUGAGGUUGCGAGCAGAAGGAAUUUGUUGAAGAAUGAGAGGGAUAUGAGGGAUGCGGGGGAUGUAAAUGGCGGGAUGGGGAUUGCUAGUCCUAGUACCGCCGCUAGGAGGUAG